UCAUCUGUGACUCUUUGGAAGAUCAUGUUUCUGGAGUUGGGAUCAGGUGCCCCCUGGGCUACUUUCCAUGUGGCAAUAUCUCCAAGUGCUUGCCCCAACAACUUCACUGUAAUGGUGAGGAUGACUGCGGGAAUCGGGCUGAUGAAGACAACUGUGAAGACUACAAUGGAUGGUCUCUGCAAUUUGAUAAACAUUAUACAAAGGAGAAAUACAAUAAAAUGAAAUCUCUGCAUGCAUUUCAGGCAAAGACACCCGAGUGCUUGGCUGGUGCUGUGCCAGCAGAGUGUACCUGUCAAAGGCUGGAGAUCUUCUGUGAUGCUGCCAAGUUGCGUGCUGUCCCAUCAGUCUCUUCAAACAUAACCAUAAUGUCUCUCCAGAGGAAUCUGCUAAGGAAACUUUCUGCUGACACUUUCAAGAAAUACCAAGACCUUAAAAAUCUGUAUCUUCAAAAUAAUAAAAUCAGAGCUGUAUCUGAACGUGCAUUUAAAGGUUUAUACAACUUGACAAAAUUAUACCUAAGUAACAACAAGAUAUCUAGUUUGAAGCCUGGUGUCUUUGCAGAUCUCCACAGACUUGAAUGGCUGAUAAUUGAAAAUAAUAGGAUAAAUCGGAUCUCUCCAUUAACAUUUUAUGGACUCAAAUCACUUAUUCUCCUAGAGAUGAUGAAUAAUUCUCUUGCUCAUUUGCCUGAUAAACCUCUGUGCCGAUAUAUGCCAAGACUAAACUGGCUAGACCUUGAAGGCAACCAUAUCCAUCAUGUAAGAAAUGUCACUUUCAUCUCCUGCAACACUCUAACUGUACUGGUGCUGAGAGAAAAUAAAAUCAGCUCUUUAAGUGAAAACAGCUUUUCUUUUCUCCAGAUGUUAGAUGAAUUAGAUUUGGCUAGCAACAAGAUUGAAUCACUUCCUCCAUAUGUAUUUAAGGAUCUAAAGGAGCUUUCACAACUGAACCUUUCUUACAACCCCAUCAAGAAAAUACAAGUAGACCAGUUUGAUUUUCUAAUUAAACUCAAAUCCCUUGGAUUGGAAGGCAUUGAAAUUGCAAACAUCCAGAGAAGAAUGUUCAGACCACUGAGAAACCUUUCUCACAUAUAUUUUAAGAAAUUCCAGUACUGUGGAUAUGCCCCUCAUGUGCGCAGCUGUAAGCCCAAUACUGAUGGGAUUUCAUCCCUUGAGAAUCUUUUAGCCAGCAUCAUACAGAGAGUGUUUGUCUGGGUUGUGUCUGCUGUCACCUGCUUUGGAAAUAUUUUCGUUAUCUGCAUGAGGCCUUAUAUCAGAUCAGAGAAUAAGCUCCACGCCAUCUCAAUAAUGUCUCUCUGCUGUGCUGACUGUCUGAUGGGAAUAUAUUUAUUUGUGAUUGGAGCUUUUGAUCUUAAAUAUCGCGGCGAAUACAACAAGCACGCUCAGUUGUGGAUGGACAGUAUUCAUUGUCAAUUGGUUGGAUCGCUGGCUAUUCUGUCUACAGAGGUGUCAGUCUUACUGUUGACUUACCUGACUUUGGAAAAAUGCAUCUGCAUAGUUUAUCCUUUUAGGUGUUUAAAGCCCAGAAAAUGCAGGACAAUUUCCAUGUUGGUUCUUAUCUGGAUAAUUGGGUUUGCUGUUGCUUUUAUCCCACUGAGCAAUAAGGAAUUUUUCAGGAACUACUAUGGCACCAACGGUGUCUGUUUUCCUCUUCACUCAGAACAAGCAGAAAGUGCAGGAAGUCAGAUUUAUUCUGUUGUCAUUUUCUUAGGUGUAAACUUGGCAGCUUUCAUCAUCAUUGUGUUUUCCUACGGGACUAUGUUCUACAGUGUUCACCAAACAGCUAUUACAGCUACUGAAAUUAAGAAUCAUGUUAAAAAAGAGAUGGUCCUUGCUAAACGUUUUUUCUUCAUUGUAUUUACUGAUGCACUAUGUUGGAUACCCAUUUUUGUUUUGAAACUCCUUUCUUUACUUCGGGUAGAAAUACCAG